CUAUAGCUGAAACACCUAGCGCCGACUAAUAAAAAAAAACUCCGCAUCCUAUAGCUCAAAAUUCUGAAAAUAUUAUUUGUGAUAUUAUGAACCGCUCCAAAUUAUGAACCGCAGACUAUACUUGGUGUUAUUUAAACGUUUAAUUGACGUAAGAGCUCAAUAAUUUGUCGGUAAUCUAGUGUUAGUUUGAUAUUUAAAGUACGUUUUGUGACCGGAAGUAGUGACCGUAGUUGUAGUUAGCGUAAUAGAUGACUGACUGCGCAUGCGCAAGACAAUAUUUUCGUACAAGCGUGAUUAUAUACAGAACACCCGUUUAGGUUUGUGUUGUUUGGACAUAUUAAACGAUUUAAAGAUGCUGGUGUUGUGUUUAUGAGAGUUAUAUGACACAACAUGGUGGUGGUGUUUGAUUCUUCUGUCUGUCCCACAUUUAGCAGUGAGAGAUCAGAUUAUAUCUCUGCAGUAUCUGCAGUAUAGACUGCAGUUGAGUGUCAGGAUAAAUGGAUCAGACUGAGCACGCAGAGGCUCAGCUGGCUGAAGUUGAGCUGCUGUUGAGUAUGUUCCCCAGCCAGGAGGAGCUGGAGGUGGAGCAGAUUGCGUAUGCAGAGCUCAGGGCUUAUGUGGAGGGAGCAGCGGACUGUCCACCAAACACCAGACCUGAACUUUGUGUCAAGAUCCGGACACACACUGGGGUGGACGUUUCGCUCUCGUGCACGUACCCGUCCGACUAUCCAGCAGUGCCGCCUGAGAUCGUAGUCAGUGCAAUGUGUCGCAGAUGCGGCGCGUUGAGCCGGGCGCAGCACGCCCGCAUCGUCUCCGAUCUGCGCUCGUACCUGCGCGAGAGCUGCACAGGCGACGUGUGCGUGCUGUCCGCCGUCGACUGGGUCAGAGAUCACACGCACAAAUACCUCGAGGAGGAGGACGACAGCACGAAGGGGGCGGCAGAAACGCAGUGCACCGAGACCUUCACCAGACUGUGGAUCUACAGCCAUCACAUCUACAACAAGAGCAAGAGGAAGAACAUCCUGGAGUGGGCCAAAGAGCUGCAGCUGAGCGGCUUCAGCAUGCCAGGGAAGCCCGGGGUCGUCUGUGUGGAGGGUCUCCAGGCCGCCUGUGAGGAAUUCUGGGCAAGGGUGAAGGUCCUGACCUGGAAGCGCAUCAUGAUCCGUCACAGAGAGGACAUCCCACUGGGUCCAGCCGGUCAGAGCGCGGAGUCGCUGCGCCGGUUCGACGGCUUCGAGGAGACCGCGUUCGAUCCUCACGGGAACAGAGGGAACCACAUGGACCUCGGGCAGCUCUUCCAGUUCCUCAGCGAGCGAGGCUGCGGCCAAAUCUUCCAGCUCUACUUCGGAGUCGAAGGGAGAUGAGCGAGGACUCUCCAUAACACGCAGGUUUUACAAGAGUAUGUGUGUGAUGAAUGAUGAAGCGCUUCGGUUUUUAAGCACGACGCCAUUUCCAUGUCAUACAGAAUAAACGGUUAUAUAUA